UUGGCCGACGUGUGCGCUUCCGUCGUACGCGACAUUCUUUCUAGCAAAAUGGCUCCCAAGAAAGCUGGGGAUAAAGCAGGCAAGCCUGCAGAGAAGAAAACGGAGAAGAAGGCUGAGAAAAAACCAGCCACAGCGGCUUCCACCUCCAAGGUGACAAAACCCGCAGCCAAGCCUGCGGCAGCGAAGAAACCAGCAGCUGCCAAGCCGGCUGCCGCUGCUAAACCCGCUGCAGCCAAGCCUGCAGCUAAACCUGUGCUUAAGCUUGCCAGCAAACCACUGAUCAGCAAGCCAAAGAAAAAUGUGCAAGCUGCUAAAAAGACUCCAAAGGGAGGAAAGCCAGCGGCUCCUCUUCAAAAAGCUCUUAAGGCGCAGAAAAAGAUUUUGAAGGGAGUGCAUGGAUCCAGAGUACGGAAGAUUAGGACGUCUGUCCAUUUCCACAGACCUAAAACUUUCAGACCACCAAGGAAUCCCAAGUAUCCGCGCAAAUCCGUACCGAACAGAAAUCGAAUGGAUGCUUUUAAUAUCAUAAAGUACCCAUUGACGACGGAAGCGGCGAUGAAAAAGAUUGAAGACAACAACACACUGGUCUUCAUCGUGCACACGCGUUCCAACAAAUAUCACAUUAAAGCAUCCAUUAAGAAGCUAUACGAUGUCGAUGUGGCGAAAGUGAAUACUUUAAUGAGGCCAGACGGCAAGAAGAAGGCUUAUGUGCGUUUAACGCGCGACUAUGACGCGCUCGAUGUCGCCAACAAGAUUGGAAUCAUAUAAAUUUCUAUCUCAUUUGUAUAGAAAUAAAUAAAAUCUGUACUGGUAAUAAAAAUAUCAAUAUGGAC